AGUUCAAUUAAACAUUUAAUAUAAGUACAAAGUCUUUGAAUUACAAAUCUAUUUGUGAGGAGUAUAUAGAGAUUUUUUUAAAAUAAAAUAAGGUAAUAGAAUGUAAAAUAUUAAAACAUUUAUAAUUCGUUAAUUUAGUAAAGCCACAAGCUAUGAUGCACGAAAAUCGCACAGGGUGGAGUUUCCUCAUGUUGGAAAUGUUUCCAGCUUGGAAACGUGAGGAUACGCCAGCAAGACAUUUUUGGGUGGUUUUUGCAAAUAUGGAGAAUCAGAAAUGUGUUUCCUCUCUAGAAAUGCAUGUCUUUAAUUAAAAAAGAAAAAGAAUUAAGUUAGCUAUAUGUCAUGCGCCGCAUCAAAGAAGAGAAGAAGAAGAAGAAGAAGAGGAGGAGCAGUAGAGCACUUACCUACUACUGGCGACUGACGAUGGCGAGGUGAUUGAUGGUGAUAAGGGCAACUACAGCAGUGAGGCGACAGGACCAUAGGCAAGAACUCGAAUUCUUCAAGGUUUGAAGGAUGAAAAUGAGGAUUUGUUGAUUCCAAUUUGCAAAACUAUAAUGAACGUGAAAUGAAACGAAUGAUUUAUUGUGCUGGAGCUUGUGUAUAUAAUUAUUCAGAAUUUCGUCCACCAAUGAAAAAGGUACUUCAAACUCUUGAAGGAGAUAUAACUUUACCGAAUUUACGGGAUGAAAAGAUUGACAACAAAAAAGAUCCUUUUCCAAUGGGCGUUUCCGAAACAAGUUCAAGUGCUGCAGGUGCUGGACCUUUUGAUGUUUUACGGAACAGUCCAGAGUUCCAAGCAUUUAAAGAUAUGGUGCAGGCUAAUCCACAUCUAUUGCAGCCUAUGCUUCAAGAGUGGGAGAAAGAAAAUCCUCCUCUAUGGAGACUUAUUCAGGAGAAUCGGGCUGAAUUUCUUCGCCUCGUCAAUGAACCUUCUGAAGGGCGGCAUCUUAUACCUUACUACCAGGUUAUACGUCCUGAUAGCGGGAACGCCCGCCGUGAUAAUUUCUUCCCGGAUUUCUAAAGAAUUAAUAAAAAUUUUUGCUUAAAAAAAAAAAAAGAACCUGUUGAAGGUGGAGAAGGGAACAUCUUGGAGCUGCUGCAACCACCAAUGCCGCAGACAGUAACAGUUACACCUGAGGAACGUGAAGCAAUAGAACGUCUUGAAACGAUGCGUUUUGAUUGGACGGCUGUAUUAGAAGCGUUCUUUUUUCCUGUAACAAGAAUGAGAAGCUGGCUGUCAACUACCUUCUAGAGCAUAUGAAUGAGUUUGAGGAUCAAUUGAUUUUUAUAUUUUUAUUGGAAAUACUCUCAAUCUUUCUGCAAGAUACCAGGAAAUUAUUAUUUUUAUUUUUCGUUUUUUUU